UAGUAUUAAACGCAAUUUCUUCACGCGAACAUCUGACUAAGUUAGUUAACUUGUUUUGUUGUUGUUUUCAGUGCAAAAUAAAAAUUUGAAAUAUUUCAAAUAAAAAAUGUUGCGUUCGAAAAUACUUCAAGUGGGGCAAAAUCCAAGUUGCGCAAAUAUCUUAGGCGGGUUAUCUACUCAACAGAUCCGUCUUCAAACCAGCGCAGCUACACAAAUAAACACUGAAAAUGUGUUUCAAAAGGAAUGGCAGGAAGCACGUCCUUUCAAUGAAAUUCCUAAUGAAAGAGCAUUUCGCUUCUUAAGAAACUUUCUACCUGGUGGAGACUACCAUAAAUUGAAUAGCGUCAAGAUGAUGUACAAAUUUCAUGAUAAGUACGGUGACAUUUGCUUAAUGCCUGCGGUAUUUGGUAGACCACCCAUGCUUUUAACAUUCAAUCCUGCUGAUUUUGAAACUGUUUUCCGGAAUGAAGGUAUUUGGCCAGAUCGUCCAGGUUCUGAAACUUUGGCAUACCAUCGUGAAAAACAUAGAGUAGAUUUCUUCCAAGGCACAGAUGGCUUAAUAUCAACUAAAGGCGAAAAGUGGGGAACAUUUCGUUCAGCUGUUAAUCCGGUACUGAUGCAGCCCAAAAAUGCCAAAUUUUAUAUACAUAAAAUGUGCAAAAUUAACUCUGAAUUUGUUGAUAGAAUUCGAGAAAUCCGUGAUCCACAAACUCUGGAAGUUCCUGCGAAUUUCGAGGAUGAAAUAAAUCGCUGGACAUUUGAAUCAGUUUCAGUUGUGGCACUGGAUAAACAACUUGGUUUGAUAAAAACGAAUCGCAAUGACCCGGGAGCUAAGAAACUUUUUAAGAUUAUUACUGAGUUUUUCUACUUGGCUGGUCAACUUGAAUUUAAACCACCGGUCUGGAAAAUUAUAAAAACUCCAGAUUUCAAUCGAUUAAUGCAAAUAUUAGACGAGGUACAGAAUAUAACAUUGAAGUACAUAGAGAACGCACUAGAGCGUUUGGAAGAAGAUCGUAAAAACGGUGUAGUGAAGACAGAACAUGAAAAGAGUGUUUUGGAAAAACUUCUCAGCAUCGAUAAAAGAACAGCAAUGGUGAUGGCGAUGGAUAUGUUGAUGGCAGGCGUCGACACGACUACUACCACUUUUGCUGGAAUUAUGUUGUGUUUAGCGAAGAAUCCAGAAAAGCAACAAAAAUUACGUGAAGAAUUACUACGACUAAUGCCGGAGAAAAAUACGCCCUUUACUGAAGCCAUACAUAAUGAGUUAAACUACAUGCGUGCCUGUAUUAAAGAAUCACUUAGACUUUAUCCAUUAGGAGCUGGAAAUGCACGUGUAACACAAAAUGAUACUGUAUUGAGUGGUUAUCAGGUGCCAAAAGGCACAAUGGUCUUCAUGUUUGCUGAGAACUUAGUUAAAGAUGAGAAACAUUUUCCAAAAGCAGAUGAAUUUUUACCAGAAAGAUGGAUUAGACAAAGCAAACAAGAUUCAAAAGAAUGCCCUGUUUCCAUGAAGGCAACAAAUCCUUUUAUUUAUUUGCCAUUUGGUUUCGGUCCCAGAGCUUGUAUUGGCAAGCGAAUUGUGGAGUUGGAACUUGAAUUAGGCGUGGCUCGGAUAAUAAGGAACUUCAAAGUAGAAUUUAAUCACUCAACUGAAAAUGCAUUUAAACCAUUGCUUUUUAAUGUACCCAAUAUUCCAUUGAGAUUUAAAUUUACUGAUGUUUAAAUAUUUAAUAAUUUAAAGGGAUUUUUGGAAACAUUUAAAUAUGUUGU